AAGGUUUUAGUCAGAUCGAAACGAAGUUCAUAGUAUAGUACUUUAUAAACCCAUGAGCUAAAAAGAGAAAACCAAUGUCAACAAUUAAAAAUAAUUCAACGUUGUCUGGUCAGAUGACCAAGUCUUGUGACAGUGACAUGGCCUCGUUAUUUACCAAUCACAAGGCACUCAUUAACAGGUCUUCGACAGAACUAACAACUCGUCGACCAUGAAAGUCCUUACAUUCCGUAUUCUAGCUAUACUUUGCUGCACCUUCGUGCAGUGUUAUAGCUCGCCAGAUUGCACGGAUGAUGCAGAUUCGAAACGUUUCGACUGCUAUCCCGACGAAGGCGCCGCUGAAGACAAAUGCGAGAGUCGGGGAUGUUGUUGGAAACAUGCAACAAAUGCAUUACUCGGAGGAAAAGUUCCACUCAAUGUACCAUAUUGUUUUUAUCCAAAAAAAUUUGGUUAUGAGCUUGUAAAGCAGCAAGAAACCGACACAGGAUUUCUACUUGAUCUAGAGAUGCAACAGAAAGGACCAUUUGGUGGGGAUAUUGCGAAUCUUAAAGUCGAUCUUCGUUUGGAAACAGAAUAUCGCGUUCAUGUUAAGGUACUUGACUACUUGUUAAUAUUUUUAAUACGGGUUUAUGUCCUUUCAAGUGAGGUAGAAAUGUCAUUUAUAAACGCAAAACGCAUGUUAGCUACAAUGUAAUCUGAUACUGUUCAUACAUAAUCUCGCACAACUACUUAUGCAAUCUCUCGCCUCAUUCCCCUAGUACAUAUUAAG